AUGGCGUCCUCCUUCCCGACGAACCAGGCCAUCGUGGUCGGUGGUGGCCUGGGAGGGAUGUCCGCCGCGAACACGGUGGUGGAGCACGGCGGCCGUGUUGUGCUGCUGGACAAGUCGUCGUUUUGCGGCGGAAACAGCACGAAAGCCACCUCCGGCAUCAACGGGGCAGGCACCAAGACACAGAAGGCGAAAGGCAUCCCCGACAACGCCGACAUCUUCACUCAGGACACCCUGAAGGGUGGCGCCAAGAAGCCGGAGUUGGCUAAGCUGCUUUGCGUGAACAGCGCUGCGGACGUCGAUUGGCUGGUGGACAAGUUUAACCUGGACCUGUCUUUGGUGGCGCGUUUGGGCGGCCACUCGCAGCCCCGAACACACAGAGGGAAAGAGCGUUUCCCGGGUAUGACCAUCACCUAUGCGCUGAUCCAGAUGUUGGAGAAGGUGGCGGAGAAGACGGACCUGGCGCGCAUCAUCACGAAGGCCAAGGUCUUCAAGCUCGUGACGGAGGGCAAGGCCUGCGUGGGCUGCGUCUACGAGAAGGGCGGCCAGAACUUCCAGGAGUUCGGCCCCGUGAUCCUCGCAUCAGGCGGCUUCGGCGCUGACUUCACCCAGAACUCCCUGCUGGCCAAGUAUCGCCCGGACCUGCUGCACCUGCCCACCACCAACGGCGAGCACUGCACAGGCGACGGCAUCAAGAUGGGCGAGGAGAUCGGCGCGAAGACCAUCGACCUGGAGUGGGUGCAGGUCCAUCCGACCGGCCUCGUGAAGCCGGACGAUGCCGAUGCCAAGAUCAAGUUCCUCGCCGCCGAGGCCCUGCGCGGCGUGGGCGGCAUCAUCCUGAACGCGGAGGGCAAGCGAUUCUGCAACGAGCUGGGCCGCCGCGACUACGUCACGGGCGAGAUGUGGAAGAGCAAGCCGCCUUUCAGGCUGUGCCUCAACAAGGCGGCCUCUGACGAGAUCAUCUGGCACUGCAAGCACUACACCGGACGUGGUGUCAUGAAGUACUACGGCAGCGGCGCGGACCUCGCCAAGGACAUGGGCAUCUCCCUGUCGGUGAUUGAGCAGGCGCACGAGGAGCAUUUCCAGGCGGCCAAGAAGACGGAGACGCACCCGGACGACGGCCCCUACCCCGCCUACCCCUCCGGCAAGUGCUGGGACGAGGCCAGGGAAAGCUUUUGUACAUGUGAAAGUGUCGACUCUAGCAGUCGUGCAUUGUCGUGCAGAUGUUUGGUUCAGUUCGGAGAAUUGAAGCACCAUCGGCAGGCCAGCGGCAAGACGGGCAGCGGCAAGAAGUUCUUCCACAACAUCAUCCCUGGCGAUGCCGUGAAGAACGAGCCGUUCUACGUGGCCAUCAUCACGCCGGUGAUCCACUACUGCAUGGGCGGACUGCUCAUCGACACGGACUCCGCGUGCAUCGGCUCGGACAACAAGGCUGUCCCGGGCCUGUAUGCUGCUGGCGAGGUCGCCGGCGGCGUGCACGGCAACAACCGCUUGGGUGGCAACUCCCUGCUGGACUGCGUGGUGUUCGGCCGUGUGGCCGGCAUCGCAGCCGCCAAGUACAUGCUGGGUGCGGACAUGAAGGACGUGGACCUCAAAGAGAUCACCGGCGGAGGCCUGACCGGCGCCGUGGAGAGCUCCAAGCUGGCCGGCGGCUCCUACGAGGACAAGAUGAACUCGGCCGCGGCGCCCGCAGGUGCCGCACCCGCGGCCGGUGGCGGCGGUGGCGGGGGCAUGACCCUUGCCGAUGUUGCCAAGCACAACACCAAGGCGGACUGCUGGGUGGUGGUCGACGGCCAGGUGCUGGACGUCACCAGCUUCUUGUCGGAGCACCCCGGCGGCGAGCUGGCCAUCCUCACCUUCGCCGGCAAGGACGCCACGGAGGAGUUCAACAUGAUCCACCCUCCGGACGUGAUUGGCAAGUACGCCCCCGACUCCGUGAUCGGCAUGAUCGGCGGCGGUGGUGGUGGAGGCGGUGCUGUGGCUGCUGCCGGCGGAGGCGGUGGCGGCGGUGGCGGCAUCCCCAUGACGGAGGUGGCCAAGCACAACACCAAGGCGGACUGCUGGGUGGUGGUCGAUGGCCAGGUGCUGGACGUCACCAGCUUCUUGUCGGAGCACCCUGGUGGCGAGCUGGCCAUCCUCACCUUCGCCGGCAAGGAUGCCACGGAGGAGUUCAACAUGAUUCACCCUCCUGACGUCAUCGGCAAGUACGCCCCCGACUCCGUGAUCGGCGCCGUGGGCUCCGGCGUGGCUGCCGCGGCCAGCGCCGCCCCCAAGGCCGGCGGCGGCGGACCCAUCAGGAAGGACACGGGCAGCAAGCUCGGCAACCACCAGGCUUGGGGCCACCUGGACGGGGCGAACAACUGGCGCGUGGACCUUGACGAGAACCCAGGCGUCCUGCUCAUCAACGUGAAGUCCUACUUCAACGCGACCUGGUUCUUCCUUCUCGCGGUGUUGUACGAAGUGUGCGCAACCAUCUUCUCUGCCAAGAACAUCAAGAUCUCCAACGACCGCUUGGGUCUGACCCGCAGUGCCAUCUUGCUAAUCCUCUUCAUCGUCAUCCACGCAGUAGGAAACCUCCACGUCUUCAAAGGCCCGGAUGACUUCAACGGCUACGGCUACUUCUACGUGCGCCUCUACUGGACGGGCUUCGGCCUGCCGGCCAACAUCGUGGAGGAGUACAUCCUCCUGUCCGUGCUGCUCCACGUCUUCGUGGGCCUGAAGCGAACCUGGGACAUGAAGCUGGCGCUGGUGCAGACUCAGGGCAUCAACGUCCUGAACCUGGCCAUCUCCGGCCUGAUGCUCCUGACCUUCAUGACCAUCCACCUCUUCCAGUUCCGCUUCGGCGACACCGACCAGUUCGGCCCCUACUACAUCCGGCCGCCUCCUUACCUCAUCAACUUCUGGGGCAUCUCCUCCCUGAAUCUCUUCUGGACCAGCGAAGACAGCAUCGAGCCCGUCGGCGUGCGCGACAUCUACGCUCUGGAGUUCCAGAUCUUCAAGAAUCCGCUGUGGUCCUUCUUCUACAUCUUCUCCGUGUUCAUCUUCAUGUACCACGCCUGCGUCGGCUGGAAGAAGGUGACGCCCGUGCUUGGCAUCCCCCGCGGUCACAUUUGGCGCGUGGAGCUCAUCGGCUACGGCAUCAUGAUCGUCAUGGGGCUCGUGUACAUCUCCUUCCCAGUCUACGUCAUGGCCACCAAGCCGUUUGGCGGUUACGAGAUGGGCAUCCAGAUCCCGGGCAGGGUGGAGUGA